AUAUAAAGUAUAAUUUUGUUAACAAAUGUGUAUAAUUCUUUUAAUGAAUUACAUAUUGACUGUAAACUCUGUGAGGGUGUAGGGAUCGACUGACUUAUUCAUUGCUUUGUACCAGCACUGAGCCCAAUGCCAUCACUCAGUUUUUGAACCAUAUUCUCUUUAUAACAUCACUUUAAUUUUUCAGAGAAAAUCUGCUCCUCAGCACAAGACUGACCCCCUUCUAGGUCUGCUAUUGAGUGCCUUAUCAGGAAUUCCCCUUUUGGGGAUGCAGGCUGGGGGAGUUAUGUGUUUUCUUUAUUCAGCCUUCAUGUCCCACAAAGCAGGGAAAAGAUCUAUGGUUGGAUUUUGUGUUGUCUGAGGGAUGUCUACAUUGCCUUGAAAUCUGAGGCAGGGCAUUUAAAAUACAGCUCCUUUGCCUGUAAUCCCAGCGCUUUGGGAGGCCGAGGCUGGCAGUUCACUUUGAGACCAGGCGUUUGAGGGCAGCUGGGGAAACAUGGCGAAACUCCAUCUCUACAAAAAAAAAAAAAAACUUAGCCAGGCAUGAUGGUGCGCACCUGUAGUCUCAGCUACUAGGGAAGCUGAAGUGAGAGGAUCCCUUGAGCUCAGGAGGUCGAGGCUGCAGUGAGCUGUGAUCACACCAUACACUCCAACCUGGGCAACAGAGUGAAAUCCUGUCUCAAAAAAUAAAAUACAAUACAGCUUCAUUCAUUGAUCCUAUUGAGAUUUAAGAAAAGAAUAGCAUAAGGAAGCUCACUUUUCUUAUUUGUUCUUCCUCUCAGUUGCUUUGUUUUGUUUGUUUUUUUGAGAUGAUGUCUUGCUCUGUCGCCCAGGCUGGAGUGUGGUGGCGCAAUCUCGGCUCACUGCAGUCUCUGCCUCCGGUUUCAAGGGAUUCUCCUGCCUCAGCCUCCUAACUAGCUGGGAUUAUAGGCAUCCACCACCACGCCUGGCUAAUUUUUGUAUUUUUAGUAGAGACGAGGUUUCACUAUGUUGGCCAGGCUGCGCCCACCUUGGCCUCCCAGAUUCUGGGAUUACAGGCAGGAACCACCAAGCCUAGUCUCAGUUGCUUUUUUUACCCUUUCCCUCCCAUCUUCUAUCCACCACCCUGGCUCCAGGUAGAGAGAGAAUUGGGUCAUCUAAAUUUUAAAAACAAAUUUUCUUUAGACAGGGUAUCAAUAGUCUCCGAUUUGGAACUUUAGCCAUAUGAAAGGGCCUUGUAAGGGUCCUUUAGACUUAGUCACACGUUUGUUUUUUGAAGAUGUUCCCAAUGAAAUUGGACCUUAUAAACUUUGUGCCUGAUGAUUUAAAGAACCCCCUUUUUCAGCUCUUCUCUUGAGAAAUAGUGUUGACAUUUUCCACAGAUCUGCUUGUGUAUCUUAACUUCUCUUUCCUUUAAGUCAUUUCUGACUUUUAGCCAUCUUUCCUUUAACUCCUCUCCUUUUGCUCAAACCCAAAGUACCUGGAGGCCGUCCCUUUUGAGAACAGGUGGUGCCAAUACGUAAAUCCUUUAGGGAAGUUGGACAGGAAGGGAAAAUAAAUCUCACCUGACACUCUCAGCAGGCCUGAAGAGCUUGUCUCAGAGGGCUGCAACGAGUCUCUUAAGAGGAAAUGUCUGCAGAGAGUCAGGGUGUGAAGUGUUAACAACAGCAAGAACCCCGUGGUUGAGUGGUGCUCUGCCCUUGGCAGUGCAGUGUCCUGGGCCUCCCCUGGAACCUAUUUUGAGCCUGUUAAGCAUCUGGUGAAUUGUGUAUCUCAAGUCCUGAACUGGGACUGCUGCCACCCGCAUAAAGCUCCAAUCUGCACGGAGAAGGAGUGUGGUUUGCACCCCAGCCUGGGGAGCUAGAACAAGUUGGGAUGCCCCUGUAUCUGUGAAGAGUAUUUGUGAGUCUCAAGGGAACAGUGCCACAAGGGAAAACGCUCUUAUCAAGGUUUCCUCCCUACCCCACCCAGAGAUUUGAGGAACUUCUCUGUUCAAAUGCUUUUGUUUCUGUCCCCUUCCAGAUUCUUCCAGAUCACACUCUUCCCGGUGUGAAGUUCAAGAAAUAAUUUUUCUCGGUGUUUGUUUUUCUAUGCAGGCCCUGGCUUUGAUUUUGCUUUUGGAUGCUUUCCGUUUUCUCUAAAUAGGAGGGUUCCAAGUCUAGUGUGUGCUGUCUGCCUGUUAUUUCCUGCUGAGAACACUUGGUAAUGAAGUGAGUUCCUAGUACUCUAAAACAUGUUUGUGGCUCAAAAGCCCAUACCUGCUCAUACCUCUGAAGUCAGGCCAGACAAGAGCAGAGGCCCCAGCUAUUCAUGCUGUGGGCAUUUUCUCCCAGAGCUGGAGUUUUAUGUCUGCAGAGACCUUCUCUUGACAUUUAAAAACCAUCACAAUGUUGACUGACUAAUGGCAUUGUAAUAUGUUUAAACAUUUAAUAUUACCACAACAGAGCUUUUGAAACUCCUGCCUCAGGAAAGGGAAAAACUUGAUUUUUUCCUUUUAAAGGAGGCAGAUGAGCCAAAAGGAAGGGCUUUUGCCCAAAUAUUUGUGACAAAUGGAGGGAAGAUAAGAAAGCAGCUUUUCUGACCGGUAGGCCAGAACAGGGUGGGUGCUGGGAGAGGCGGGAGCUGUGCACACACACACACGUGCAUCUGAUUUAUUCGUGGUAGUUGCUUGUGUCCGUGGGAGCAGCCUAGCCUGCAUGUUUUACAGAAUAUUCAGGGGUCAGCUGAUCCCGCAGCCUCGCUGGGAUGGGCAGCCUCCCAGGCUCCACCUUGAGUCUUGGGGCAAUUCCAGGACCUCUGGGAUCAUCCUCGGAGUUCAGGUCAGGCCAGAAGGCGUUCUGUUGCCCUGGGAGUUGAGUCAGACUCCAGCUGAUGGACCGGGAAGCAAAACAAGAGUCCAACAUUGGUCUGUAUUUUGAAAAACAUCUGUCUCAUCUCUCUCUGGCAGAAGAGCGUGGCUUGCAGUUAGCCCCACUCUGUGCUUAGGGUCUAUACUAGCUCAAUCCCCCAAUGCCCAGCACCCAGGCAUGCCCACACACACCCCCAUCCUUCUCAGUGCCAUGAUGUAGGCCCACCCAGCCCUCACAAUACGUCUUUGCCUCAAGGGGCCAGCAGGGGCUCUGCCUCUAGGGUACAUUUGCCCCAGCUUUCCAGCCCUCGAGUUUUAGAGUCCAUUUCUGACUCUCUGCCUGUUCAUGUGAACUUGAUUUUUCCAGAGAUCCUUUUUUUCCAGACAUGGCUACAGUUCCUUUUGUCCCACUCCUACCACAGAAUGUGUUUGGACCCACCACCCUGUGUGAGUUCACUUUUCAGGGCUUCCAGCCUGGACAGUCACAGCAGACCAGUUUAACUAGUUGACCUCUGAUUACUCAGAACAUUUCUGACUGAGAAAGAAACUAACGGUAAUUGGUAUUUACUGUGUGGCAGGUGGGAAUCUCACCAUCUGAGUCCAUUAUCCCAUUGAAGCCUCCUGUAGGUAGAUGAGCCUGAGGGACUCAUCUCUGAAGUUAUAUGGCUUUUCCAAGGGCCCAAAUGGCAGUGCUGAGACCUGAACAAAGGAUAAUCUUGCACCAGAUAGUUAAUAUUCAGAUGAAUUUGGAUAAAGCUCUUUAGGUAUUAGGGACAGAGAGUCCCAAUCGGAAGGGGCCUUUUUUUGUUGUUUUUUUCCCACUACCAGCCCACAGAUUGAACAGAAAUCUUUGUGGAUGCCUUUCAUCCAACCUGGCUUCCCAAAUAUGCCUCCACCAUCUUCUUUUACAUCCAGAUUAGCUAAGUCCUGUCCAUUCCUGACCAGCCUGUUUUGACGACUGUUAUUUCCCACCAUCUCCUUUUUGGGAAAUAUUUGGUUGGUAUAAAACUAAUUGCGGUUUUUGCCUUAUUUUUAUUUUUAUUUUUUUUGAGGCGGAGUCUCGCUCUGUCGCCCAGGCUGGAGGGCAGUGGCGCGAUCUCGGCUCACUGCAAGCUCCGCCUCCCGGGUUCACGCCAUUCUCCUGCCUCAGCCUCCCGAGGAGCUGGGACUACAGGCACCCGCCACCACCCCCGGCUAAUUUUUUUGUAUUUUUAGUAGAGAUGGGGUUUACACCGUACCGUGUUAGCCAGGAUGGUCUCGAUCUCCUGACCUCGUGAUCCGCCCACCUCCGCUUCCCAAAAUGCUGGGAUUACAGGCAUGAGCCACCGCGCCCGGCCGGUUUUUUUGCCAUUUUAAUGGCACCAACCUAAUACUGAUAGGGCUCCGAUGAGUGGAGCAACACCAGGUUCUUCCUCUCCAGUCAAAUUAGAUAAAACGACACGGACACACGUGGAGUGGUUUUAAGGAGUGGUAGAGAGUUUAAUAAGCAAGAAAGAAAAGAGAAAACAGAAGGAAGAGGCUCUCCCAUACAGAGACGGAGGAGAGCUCCAAAGCCAAAAGAGGAGACCCCCAAGUGGGGUGGAAACCAGCCAGGUAUGUGUAGAGGCUGGAGGAGGCAGUGUCUGAUUUGCAUAGGGCACAGGGGAUUGGUUUGACCAGACAUGUCAUUCAUGUAACCUGCAAAAACAUUGGCCCUCCCACCCUAGCCUUUUAAUAUGCAAAUACAGGGCACCAUGAUGUUCUACACACGGGGGGAUAUGUUGUCAGGCACGUGUGGGGCAAGGGCAAGAAGACAACAGUGAGAAUCGCCAUGUUUGGGUAGACCCAGUUUCUAAUGGCCUGUAUUUGCAUAUCAAAGGUUACCGGCUCUAAGAGCUGGGGCUUUACAAAAAACUGCUUCCUGGAGCUGCUUUAAAAAUGGAAACUUCGGCUGGACGCAGUGGUUCACGCCUGUAAUCCUAGCACUUUGGGAGGCCAGGGCAGGUGGAUCACCAGAGGUCAGGAGUUCAAGACCAGCCUGACCAACAUGGCGAAACCCCACCUCUAUUAAAAAAUACAAAAAAUUAGCCAGGCAUGGUGGCACACACACCUAUAAUACCAGCUACUCGGGAGACUGAGGCAGGAGAAUCACUUGAACCCAAGAGGCAGAGGUUACGGUGAGCCUGGAUCGCACCAUUGCACUCCAGCCUGGGCAAGAGUGAAACUCCGUCUCCAAAAAAACAAAAAAACAACAAAAAAAAACACCAACCAAAACACUUAAAAUGCAAUCCUUUAUCAAGUUAAAGUGGGGCAAGUCCUCCUUGGGUUGUUUGAAGCUGCAGCCCUUCUCCUUAUCCAAACCUGGUCAUGAUGAGCAGCAUUAGGAUGGGACUUUGCCAUAGGGAAUCCCAAGGUCAUGGUAAGGGUUUUUGUUUUGUUUUGUUUUGUUUUUUGGGAAUCAGACAGAGGCAGAGUUGAAUCCCAGCUCUACUGUUUUCAGCUUUCUGACCUUGGGCAAGUUAAUCUCUUUAAACCUCAGUUUUCUUACCUUUAAAAGACAGAUUAUGAAUUCUACCUUGGUAGGGUUGUUUUAGAUUGAAAUGAGCUGAUGUGUGUGUGCAGUUAACACAGUACACAGACUAUAGGUACUGUAGUUAAUAUUGUACCUCCCCCCAUGUCUUUUAUAAAACCCACAUUAGUUUUUGGAACUCCUAAAAUAAACAUACCGUUAAAAGCAAGCUUUGCAUUUUCAACAUUUGUUUUUGUGCAUCCAACAAUUUAGGGUUUCCUUAAUGCUUCACUUACCAUUAUUUUUAAAUUAAAUCCCAGUAGAUAAAUCCAAAUGCCUCUGCAUUUUCCUGUCUGAAUAUAACUGAGAACCAGGGGUCGCAGAGAGAUUGAACCCAUCACAGUUUCAGUUGUCAACAGACCCAUGAAGAGUGCACUGAUCAGAAUCCAAGACUUAAAAGUUGCUCUGUCAACAUCUGUAAAGACAUGGCUUAUCCGUUUUUCUAGGCCAGGGUUCUGUUGGUUUAGUUUUCUUGUAAUCAAAGUCCUAUAAACCAAGAGGAAAAAAUCGAAAGAAUUGUGAAGACAGAUGAACAACAGGGAAAAUAUCCGACUAACUUGGCUUCUAAGGAGUAUCCUUUGCUUGGGGAGGAAGGUCACAGAACUUAGCAAGCCAGUCUGCAUGAGCCAUCGUAGAUUAGGGGACUUGCCGGCCCCACCAGCCUGCCUGCCACAGAGCCUCUGAAAAGAAAGAGAAAAUCAGAUCUUCAAAAAUGCUCCGUACACUGUAGAGAAGAGAUUCAGGAGAACAGUGCGUGACCUUAGCCAGAACAUGUUGAUGGGGAUAGUCAUUUUUGCAAUUUCUUGAAUAUCUUUUCUCUGCUGGUUUCAAAAUUGUGAAGUAAAUUCAGAAAAGAAGCCCACUAUUUUGAUGGAAGCUGUUUUGACAUAAGUGAAACCAGGCUUGGCACAAGGUGGAAGCAGGCUCUGGCCCAGGGAAUGGAGCGGACGCUGGGAAGAAUUGAGGCAAGCUGGGGAAAUUGUUUCAAGAUGGAGCUGGAUCCACUUGAAAGGGAAGGGAACUGGAGGGUACAGACAUGCCGUCAAUGUUUGAAUUUGUGUGUGAGGAGCAUCAAGUGCCUUCUGAGAUACAUGGACCCACGGGAAUCUCCCUUCUUUUAGAGUCGCCUCUGAGGAAGUUACCUGGCUGAGCAGUGCUGGAAUGGCGGCUUUAUCUACCUGAUCAUGCUGCGUCGCUUUAAGCACAAAGCCCACUCCACUUAUAAUGGCAACAGUAGCAACAGCUCUGAACCAGGAGAAACACCUACCCUGGAGCUGGGUGACCGAACUGCGAAAAAGGGGAAACGAACCAGAAAGUUUGGGGUCAUCUCCAGGCCUCCUGCCAACAAGGCCCCUGAAGAAUCCAAGGGCAGCGCUGGCUGUGAGGUGUCCAGUGACCCCAGCACUGAGCUGGAGAACGGCCCUGACCCUGAACUUGGAAACGGCCAUGUCUUUCAGCUAGAAAAUGGCCCAGAUUCUCUCAAGGAGGUGGCUGGACCCCAUCUAGAGAGGUCAGAAGUGGACAGAGGGACAGAGCAUAGAAUUCCAAAGACAGAUGCUCCUCUGACCACAAGCAAUGACAAACGCCGCUUCUCAAAAGGUGGGAAGACGGACUUCCAAUCGAGUGACUGCCUGGCACGGGAGGAAGUUGGCCGAAUAUGGAAGAUGGAGCUGCUCAAAGAAUCGGAUGGGCUGGGAAUUCAGGUUAGUGGAGGCCGAGGAUCAAAGCGCUCACCUCACGCUAUCGUUGUCACUCAAGUGAAGGAAGGAGGUGCCGCUCACAGGGAUGGCAGGCUGUCCUUAGGAGAUGAGCUGCUGGUAAUCAAUGGUCAUUUACUGGUCGGGCUCUCCCACGAGGAAGCAGUGGCCAUUCUUCGCUCCGCCACGGGAAUGGUGCAGCUUGUGGUGGCCAGCAAGGAAAACUCCGCAGAGGACCUCCUCAGGUUAACAUCUAAGAGCUUGCCAGAUCUGACCAGCUCAGUAGAAGAUGUGUCCUCCUGGACUGAUAACGAAGACCAGGAGGCAGACGGGGAAGAGGACGAAGGAACCAGCUCUUCUGUCCAGAGAGCAAUGCCUGGGACAGAUGAACCCCAAGAUGUGUGCGGUGCUGAGGAAUCCAAGGGGAACUUGGAAAGUCCCAAACAGGGCAGCAAUAAAAUCAAGCUCAAGAGUCGCCUUUCAGGGGGUGUACACCGCCUUGAGUCAGUUGAAGAAUAUAACGAGCUGAUGGUGCGGAAUGGGGACCCCCGGAUCCGGAUGUUGGAGGUCUCCCGAGAUGGCCGGAAACACUCCCUCCCGCAGCUGCUGGACUCUUCCAGUGCCUCACAGGAAUACCACAUUGUGAAAAAGUCUACCCGCUCCUUAAGCACGACUCAGGUGGAAUCUCCUUGGAGGCUCAUUCGGCCAUCCGUCAUCUCGAUCAUUGGGUUGUACAAAGAAAAAGGCAAGGGCCUUGGCUUUAGUAUUGCUGGAGGUCGAGACUGCAUUCGUGGACAGAUGGGGAUUUUUGUCAAGACCAUCUUCCCAAAUGGAUCAGCUGCAGAGGACGGAAGACUUAAAGAAGGGGAUGAAAUCCUAGAUGUAAAUGGAAUACCAAUAAAGGGCUUGACGUUUCAAGAAGCCAUUCAUACCUUUAAGCAAAUCCGGAGCGGAUUAUUUGUUUUAACGGUACGCACAAAGUUGGUGAGCCCCAGCCUCACACCCUGCUCGACACCCACACACAUGAGCAGAUCCGCCUCCCCGAACUUCAAUACCAGUGGGGGAGCCUCGGCGGGAGGUUCCGAUGAAGGCAGUUCUUCAUCCCUGGGUCGGAAGACCCCUGGGCCCAAGGACAGGAUCGUCAUGGAAGUAACACUCAACAAAGAGCCAAGAGUUGGAUUAGGCAUUGGUGCCUGCUGCUUGGCUCUGGAAAACAGUCCUCCUGGCAUCUACAUUCACAGCCUUGCUCCAGGAUCAGUGGCCAAGAUGGAGAGCAACCUGAGCCGCGGGGAUCAAAUCCUGGAAGUGAACUCCGUCAAUGUCCGCCAUGCUGCUUUAAGCAAAGUCCACGCCAUCUUGAGCAAAUGUCCUCCAGGACCCGUUCGCCUUGUCAUCGGCCGGCACCCUAAUCCAAAGGUUUCCGAGCAGGAAAUGGAUGAAGUGAUAGCACGCAGCACUUAUCAGGAGAGCAAAGAGGCCACUUCCUCUCCUGGCUUAGGUACCCCCUUGAAGAGUCCCUCUCUUGCAAAAAAGGACUCCCUUAUUUCUGAAUCUGAACUCUCCCAGUACUUUGCCCACGAUGUCCCUGGCCCCUUGUCAGACUUCAUGGUGGCCGGUUCUGAGGACGAGGAUCACCCAGGAAGUGGCUGCAGCACGUCGGAGGAGGGCAGCCUGCCUCCCAGCACCUCCACUCACAAGGAGCCUGGAAAACCCAGAGCCAACAGCCUCGUGACUCUUGGGAGCCAUCGGGCCUCUGGGCUCUUCCACAAGCAGGUGACAGUUGCCAGACAAGCCAGUCUCCCCGGAAGCCCACAGGCCCUCCGAAACCCUCUCCUCCGCCAGAGGAAGGUAGGCUGCUACGAUGCCAACGAUGCCAGUGAUGAGGAAGAGUUUGACAGAGAAGCGGACUGCAUUUCACUCCCAGGGGCCCUCCCGGGUCCCAUCAGGCCUCUGUCAGAGGAUGACCCAAGGCGUGUCUCAAUUUCCUCUUCCAAGGGCAUGGACGUCCACAACCAAGAGGAACGACCCCGGAAAACACUGGUGAGCAAGGCCGUCUCGGCACCUCUUCUUGGUAGCUCAGUGGACUUAGAGGAGAGUAUCCCAGAGGGCAUGGUGGAUGCUGCGUCCUAUGCAGCCAACCUCACGGACUCUGCAGAGGCCCCCAAGGGGUGCCCUGGAAGCUGGUGGAAGAAGGAACUGUCAGGAUCAAGUAGCGCACCCAAAUUGGAAUACACAGUCCAUACAGACACCCAGAGUCUGACGAACACUGGGAGCCCCAGUUCCCCCCAGCAGAAAAGUGAAGGCCUGGGCUCCAGGCACAGACCAGUGGCCAGGGUCAGCCCCCACUGCAAGAGAUCCGAGGCUGAGGCCAAACCCAGUGGCUCACAGGCAGUGAACCUGACUGGCAGAGCCAAUGAUCCAUGCGAUCUGGACACGAGAGUCCAGGCCACUUCUGUCAAAGUGACUGUUGCUGGCUUUCAGCCAGUUGGAGCUGUGGAGAAGGAAUCUCUGGGAAAGCUGACCACUGGAGAUGCUUGUGUCUCUACCAGCUGUGCACUAGCCAGUGCUCUGUCCCAUCCGGAUGCCAGCCACCUCACAGAGAACCUGCCCAAAGCUGCAUCAGAGCUGGGGCAACAACCCAUGACUGAACUGGACAGCUCCUCAGACCUCAUCUCUUCCCCAGGGAAGAAGGGGGCCGCUCAUCCUGACCCCAGCAAGACCUCUGUAGACACAGGGCAAGUCAGUCGGCCAGAGAAUCCCAGCCAGCCUGCAUCGCCCAGGGUUGCCAAGUGCAAGGUCAGGUCUCCAGUCAGGCUCCCCCAUGAGGGCAGCCCCUCCCCGGGGGAGAAAGCAGCGGCUCCCCCUGGCUACAGCAAGACUCGAUCAGCAUCGGAAACCAGCACACCCCACAAUACCAGGAGGGUGGCUGCCCUCAGGGGAGCGGGACCUGGGGCAGAGGGAAUGACACCAGCUGGUGCUGUCCUGCCAGGAGACCCCCUCACAUCCCAGGAGCAGAGACAGGGAGCUCCAGGUAACCACAGUAAGGCUCUGGAAAUGACAGGAAUCCAUGCACCUGAAAGCUCCCAGGAGCCUUCCCUGCUGGAGGGAGCAGAUUCUGUGUCCUCAAGGGCACCGCAGGCCAGCCUCUCCAUGCUGCCAUCCACUGACAACACCAAAGAAGCAUGUGGCCGUGUCUUGGGGCACUGCUGCCCGGGGGGGAGUAGAGGGAGCCCUGUGACGGACAUUGACAGCUUCAUCAAGGAGCUGGAUGCUUCUGCAGCGACGUCUCCGUCUUCCCAGACGGGGGACAGUGGCUCUCAGGAGGGCAGUGCUCAGGGCCACCCACCAGCCGGGGCUGGAGGUGGGAGCUCCUGCCGUGCCGAACCAGUCCCGGGGGGCCAGACCUCCUCCCCGAGGAGGACCUGGGCUGCUGGUGCCCCCGCCCACCCACAAUGGGCCUCCCAGCCUUCGGUUUUAGAUUCAAUUAAUCCCGACAAACAUUUUACUGUGAACAAAAACUUUCUGAGCAACUACUCUAGAAAUUUUAGCAGUUUUCAUGAAGACAGCACCUCCCUAUCAGGCCUGGGUGACAGCACGGAGCCGUCUCUGUCAUCCAUGUAUGGCGAUGCUGAGGAUUCUUCUUCUGACCCUGAGUCACUCACUGAAGCCCCACGAGCUUCUGCCAGGGACGGCUGGUCCCCUCCUUGUUCCCGUGUGUCUUUGCACAAGGAAGAUCCUUCGGAGUCAGAAGAGGAACAGAUUGAGAUUUGUUCCACACAUGGCUGCCCCAAUCCACCCUCGAGUCCUGCUCAUCUUCCCACCCAGGCUGCCAUCUGUCCUGCCUCAGCCAAAGUUCUGUCAUUAAAAUACAGCACUCCGAGAGAGUCGGUGGCCAGUCCCCGUGAGAAGGCCGCCUGCUUGCCAGGCUCAUACACUUCAGGCCCAGACUCUUCCCAGCCGUCAUCACUCUUGGAGAUGAGCUCUCAGGAGCAUGAAACUCACGCGGACAUAAGCACUUCACAGAACCACAGGCCCUUGUGUGCAGAAGAAACCACAGAAGUCACCAGCGCUAGCUCAGCCAUGGAAAACAGUCCGCUGUCUAAAGUAGCCAGGCAUUUUCACAGUCCGCCCAUCAUUCUCAGCUCCCCCAACAUGGUAAAUGGCUUGGAACAUGACCUGCUAGAUGACGAAACCCUGAAUCAAUACGAAACAAGCAUUAAUGCAGCUGCCAGUCUGUCCUCCUUCAGCGUGGAUGUCCCUAAGAAUGGAGAAUCUGUUUUGGAAAACCUCCACAUCUCUGAAAGUCAAGACCUGGAUGACUUGCUACAGAAACCAAAAAUGAUCUCUAGGAGGCCCAUCAUGGCCUGGUUUAAAGAAAUAAAUAAACAUAACCAAGGCACACAUUUGAAGAGCAAAACCGAGAAGGAACAACCUCUAAUGCCUGCCAGAAGUCCCGACUCCAAGAUUCAGAUGGUGAGUUCAAGCCAAAAAAAGGGCGUUACUGUGCCUCAUAGCCCUCCUCAGCCGAAAACAAACCUGGAAAAUAAGGACCUGUCUAAGAAGAGUCCGGCAGAAAUGCUUCUGACUAAUGGUCAGAAGGCAAAGUGUGGUCCGAAGCUGAAGAGGCUCAGCCUCAAGGGCAAGGCCAAAGUCAACUCUGAGGCCCCUGCUGCGAAUGCUGUGAAGGCUGGGGGGACGGACCAUAGGAAACCCUUGAUCUCACCCCAGACCUCCCACAAAACACUUUCUAAGGCAGUGUCACAGCGGCUCCAUGUAGCCGACCACGAGGACCCUGACAGAAACACCACAGCUGCCCCCAGGUCUCCCCAGUGUGUGCUGGAAAGCAAGCCACCUCUUGCCACCUCUGGGCCACUGAAACCCUCAGUGUCUGACACGAGCAUCAGGACAUUUGUCUCGCCCCUGACCUCUCCCAAGCCUCUUCCUGAGCAAGGCAUGUGGAGCAGGUUCCACAUGGCUGUCCUCUCUGAACCCGACAGAGGUUGCCCAACCACCCCUAAAUCCCCUAAGUGUAGAGCAGAGGGCAGGGCGCCCCGUGCUGACUCCGGGCCGGUGAGUCCAGCAGCAUCUAGGAACGGCAUGUCCGUGGCAGGGAACAGACAGAGCGAGCCGCGCCUGGCCAGCCAUGUGGCAGCAGACACAGCCCAACCCAGGCCGACUGGCGAAAAAGGAGGCAACAUAAUGGCCAGCGAUCGCCUCGAGAAAACAAACCAGCUGAAAAUCGUGGAGAUUUCUGCUGAAACAGUGUCAGAGACUGUAUGUGGUAACAAGCCAGCUGAAAGCGACAGACAGGGAGGGUGCUUGGCCCAGGGCAGCUGUCAGGAGAAGGGUGAAAUCAGGCUCUAUCGCCAGGUCGCAGAAUCAUCCACAAGUCAUCCAUCCUCACUCCCAUCUCAUGCCUCCCAGGCACAGCAGGAAAUGUCACGAUCAUUCAGCAUGGCAAAACUGGCGUCCUCCUCCUCCUCCUCCCUUCAAACACCCAUUAGAAAGGCAGAAUACUCCCAGGGAAAAUCAAGCCUGAUGUCAGACUCCCUAGGGGUGCCCAGAAACAGCAUCCCAGGGGGCCCCUCGGGGGAGGACCAUCUCUACUUCACCCCAAGGCCAGCAACCAGGACCUACUCCAUGCCAGCCCAGUUCUCAAGCCAUUUUGGACGGGAGGGUCACCCCCCACACAGCCUGGGUCGCUCUCGGGACAGCCAGGUCCCUGUGACAAGCAGUGUUGUCCCCGAGGCAAAGGCAUCCAGAGGUGGUCUUCCCAGCCUGGCUAAUGGACAGGGCAUAUAUAGUGUAAAGCCGCUGCUGGACACAUCGAGGAAUCUUCCAGCCACAGAUGAAGGGGAUAUCAUUUCAGUCCAGGAGACGAGCUGCCUAGUCACAGACAAAAUCAAAGUCACCAGACGACACUACUGCUAUGAGCAGAACUGGCCCCAUGAAUCUACCUCAUUUUUCUCUGUGAAGCAGCGGAUCAAGUCUUUUGAGAACCUGGCCAAUGCUGAUCGGCCUGUAGCCAAGUCCGGGGCUUCCCCAUUUUUGUCGGUGAGCUCCAAGCCUCCCGUUGGGAGGCGGUCUUCCGGCAGCAUUGUUUCCGGGAGCCUGGGCCACCCAGGUGACGCAGCAGCAAGGUUGUUGAGACGCAGCUUGAGUUCCUGCAGCGAAAACCAAAGCGAAGCCGGCACCCUCCUGCCCCAGAUGGCCAAGUCUCCCUCAAUCAUGACACUGACCAUCUCUCGGCAGAACCCACCAGAGACCAGUAGCAAGGGCUCUGAUUCGGAACUAAAGAAAUCACUUGGUCCUUUGGGAAUUCCCACCCCAACGAUGACCCUGGCUUCUCCUGUUAAGAGGAACAAGUCCUCGGUACGCCACACGCAGCCCUCGCCCGUGUCCCGCUCCAAGCUCCAGGAGCUGAGAGCCUUGAGCAUGCCUGACCUUGACAAGCUCUGCAGCGAGGAUUACUCAGCAGGGCCGAGCGCCGUGCUCUUCAAAACUGAGCUAGAGAUCACCCCCAGGAGGUCACCCGGCCCUCCUGCUGGAGGCGUUUCGUGUCCCGAGAAGGGCGGGAACAGGGCCUGUCCAGGAGGAAGUGGCCCUAAAACCAGUGCUGCUGAGACACCCAGUUCAGCCAGUGAUACGGGUGAAGCUGCCCAGGAUCUGCCUUUUAGAAGAAGCUGGUCAGUUAAUUUGGAUCAACUUCUAGUCUCAGCGGGGGACCAGCAAAGAUUACAGUCUGUUUUAUCGUCAGUGGGGUCGAAAUCUACCAUCCUAACUCUCAUUCAGGAAGCGAAAGCACAAUCAGAGAAUAAAGAAGAUGUUUGCUUCAUAGUCCUGAACAGAAAAGAAGGCUCAGGUCUGGGAUUCAGUGUGGCAGGAGGGACAGAUGUGGAGCCAAAAUCAAUCACGGUCCACAGGGUGUUUUCUCAGGGGGCGGCUUCUCAGGAAGGGACUAUGAACCGAGGGGAUUUCCUUCUGUCAGUCAACGGCGCCUCACUGGCUGGCUUAGCCCACGGGAAUGUCCUGAAGGUUCUGCACCAGGCACAGCUGCACAAAGAUGCCCUCGUGGUCAUCAAGAAAGGGAUGGAUCAGCCCAGGCCCUCUGCCCGGCAGGAGCCUCCCACAGCCAAUGGGAAGGGUUUGCUGUCCAGAAAGACCAUCCCCCUGGAGCCUGGCAUUGAAAACACAGAACAAAGAAUGCAAGUACAGCAGCAACACAGCCAGGAGGGCAGCCCCAGAAUUGGGAGGCCAACAGUGCUACUGGGCUCAAGUGCUGUUAUAAGGAGAAGUGUGGCUGUACACGAUGCUCUGUGUGUUGAAGUGCUGAAGACCUCGGCUGGGCUGGGACUGAGUCUGGAUGGGGGAAAAUCAUCGGUGACAGGAGAUGGGCCCUUGGUCAUUAAAAGAGUGUACAAAGGUGGUGCGGCUGAACAAGCUGGAAUAAUAGAAGCUGGAGAUGAAAUUCUUGCUAUUAAUGGGAAACCUCUGGUUGGGCUCAUGCACUUUGAUGCCUGGAAUAUUAUGAAGUCUGUCCCAGAAGGACCUGUGCAGUUAUUAAUUAGAAAGCAUAGGAAUUCUUCAUGAAUUUUAACAAGAAUCAUUUUCUCAGUUCUCUUCUUUCUUUAGCAAAUCAGAGUGACUUCUUUAAAUCACAGGUUGUUGAAAUGGCCAACACUGGUACAGACACGGACUGUAAAAAUCUCCAAGCUUGUGCUUACACAUGAAGCCUGACUUAACUGUAUGUGCAACAGCAAUGAAAUUAACUCCAGAAGCCUUCCACCUGCGUCACCCAGGCCGGGAGGGUUCCUUCGUUCCAGUGCCUGUCCCCUACCUUUAUGUUUACUGAUGGGGAUACAAGAUGUGACACACCCUUCUUUAUUUGAAACAAACACUUAGCUAGACCUUUGCUUCCUUCUUGCCAGCUCUCCCAACAUACCCAAUCCUGGUGAUCAGGGAACUAAAAGUCUGAGGGGGACACAAAUGUCACACCUAAGAGGACUAUCAAUCAUUUUGUAUGAUUUUGUAAGUAAGUAAAUGACAGAAUGCUUUUAGGCACAUUCAAUGGAAGGAGGCGAUGUAGGUCUGUAUAUGUUACCCUGAAAAGAGAAUAAGACUUAAAAAAAAUGAAUUAUGACCUGUUAGGCUGAGCUCAGGAAUUGUCCAAAAAGGAAAAAGCAAAAUAAUUAUUAAUAGAGAGUAUUUUUUAGUGAGUGUAAUGUAUAAUGUACGUAUGCAAAGUUCAACUCAAUAGGUUAUUGAUCACCAUGAAGUAUUGAUCAUUUUCUAUCUCAAAAGUGUAAGCCAUAAGGCUGUUUUACAGAAUAGCACUUCUGAUAAGCUGUAUUAAACAGCCAUGAGCUUCACUGCUUAGAGGGAGCAGAAAGGUCAACAUCUAAAAGCACCUUACAACUAGUUUUUGAACCUGUCUUGAUAAGUGCUUGAAUUCAAGACUGGUCAGUACAAGAGCAGACAAAAAUAUCACAAGUCAGUCACUGGGUUUCCAUUUCUGAAUUUUAUGCACUCCAACCAUGAAUUUAAACUAAAUUUUUAGAAAUCAAGUAUCUUUCUAAGUGUCCUUGGAUUUAUAGACAAUGUAUGUACAAUCCAAAUAGAGGAGCUUAAUGGAAUCCUUUUAGGAGACUGGUUGGUUUUUUUCCCUCUUUCCCAACAUGUUUAAGAAAUGUAACAUUCUAUAAGUAUUGGAUCUCUUUUCUUGACCUAGUAUAAUGACAACUGCAGUGACUUUAAGUUUUUGCUGUUUUCGUUUUCCCGCUUUGCAAUUUCCUCCUUUUGCCAAAAAUGUUUUCCUACAGAAGACUGUCGUGACUCACGCUACUUGGGAAACUCACUCUGGCCACUCCUCCUCUGGUGGCAUGAGCUGCUUCCCAGUAGCUAUUCCGAUUGGAUAUUCCGUUCGUCGUCACAUAGCUGGCUUUUCUCUCCUCAUGAUGUACCUUAUUUUCUUUUCUUAGGUAAAUUCCAAACUCUCAUCGGGUCAUAAAGAGGAGGAGAAACAGGGUGAGUCAAGGUAAAGGAGCAGAAAUGUAGUUACAAGCCAGGUCGUCUUCAGUGGCACAAACCAACCCGUUGAGCCCUGACAACAUGAGUGGAGAGUGCAUUUGCCAUACCUGUGUGCAUGACACUAAGAUUUUAUGUUGGAGAUACUUCUUUAAAUAACCUACAGCUUGGGUCUAUGGCUGUGACCCCCAGAUUCAUGGAGGGGCUUUAGCCAUCAGCUUCGUACAUCAUUUUUCUGAAUGACCAAUCCCACUAAACAUCUUUGAAGUCGGCCUAGAGAGGUCCUUCAGAUGAGAGAGAAAUAGCUGGCUUGUCUGAGUCCAGAUUUCUCAUCAACUGGCAAUACAAAGGAAAAUAUAGUACAGGAGUUAGUUAGUUAGAAAGGUCUUAUUGAUUUUACUUCUACUUUUCACUACAAUUACAGGUAGAAUACUGUAGGAAGUCAGUGCAAGGUGCAUGCUUGAUUGAUUGAUUGUUUUUCAGUCUCUGGGGUCAGUUUUGUGGUUUCUGCUUUCUUGCCUAAAUCAAAGACUAUUUCAAGUCAACACUGAAAACUGCUUUUCGCCUCCACUCUUACAGCUGUGCCUAAUAAUAAUUAAUAAACAUAAUAAUUAAUAAACGCACAGCCCUAUGUGAACAGGCAGGAAUUUCUUGUGCAAUGUGGAGCAAAUGGAAUGGUCUCCUUCCGCAAGUCUUUAAUCCUCAUAUCUGGAGUACAAGGGUAGACCUCUGGCUUACCACAUACACUAUGCUAAAGUCAUCAGCCACUGCUACUACAUCUUGCCAGAAGGUUUCCCUCGCCAACAGUUGAAAUUUAAGGGAAGAAGCAAAAGCUAAACUGUCUUUGACCCUAAGAUAGAAAGCUAUUUAUUUGUCUUCAGUGUUCAAGGCAUGACUAGUAUUUCUAAUUAGCCUAAUAAAUUCCCACACUUUCUGAAGUGAACACUAAUGGUAUUGUCCUACUAAAACUGUCAUUGUUUCUUUUUUUUUAACUGGUCAGUCAUUCACAAUAAGCUAUGAGGGUAAAUAUGUGUUAUAACAAGUAAAUCGUAGUUGCAAGAAUAUACCAUGAAGAUUAAAGUAGGCUGGGUUUCAUUUCCAUCUUCCCACACAUCUCAUUGAAUUUGAUGGUUGACUUAAUUGGCACCAUAACUUUGUAUGAUAUUAUACAUUAUCCUUUAUUUAUGUAAAGUAAAAUGCCUUAUAUAUUAAAGAGUAAGUGCAAUAAUAUGAAAUAGCCUGUACAUUUUAAAAAUGUUGUCACCAAGUUAUAUAAAUCCACAUCUCUGUAAACAACCUUUUUUAAGUAAUUUUAAAAAAAUAAACACUCUGCUUACUACUUGA